AUGUCGUACUAUGAGAAAAUCUUCAUCGACGACAACGACUUAAAUGACACAAGCUCAGAUUCUGGUUUUGGCUCUGGAGAGCUCGAUGUGGAUCUGGACGGGCCCUGCAAGGUGGAACACCUGAUGACCACUGAUCUUCAGCGGGUCUUCCUGCCCGUGGUCUACGCUCUGAUCUUCAUCCUGGGCAUCACUGGAAACGGCCUGGUGGUCGUCGUGCUGGGCUGCCAACGCAGGUCAAAAUGCAGCCUCACAGACCGGUAUCGCCUCCACCUCUCAGCCGCGGACCUCCUGUUUAUUCUAGUGCUGCCGUUCUGGGCCGUGGACUCAGCCCUGGCUGACUGGCGCUUCGGGGAGGCCACCUGCAUCGGCGUGCAUGUCAUUUACACAGUCAACCUGUACGGCAGCGUGCUCAUCCUGGCGUGCAUCAGCCUGGACCGCUACCUGGCAGUCGUCCGCUCCACAGACACCAACACUCGUGGGCUGAGGCAUCUGCUGGCUCACAGACUGGUGUUUGUCGGUGCCUGGUUGCCCGCUGGCCUGUUGGCAGUGCCGGACUUGAUUUUUACCAGGACUCUGGAGGGAGGAGAGGGGGGCACUCUGUGCCAGCGCUUCUACCCCGUAGACAAGACUCCUCUCUGGGUUGCGGUGUUCAACCUCCAGCUGGUCCUAGUCGGCCUGAUCAUCCCUGGCCUGGUCCUGCUGGUGUGCUACUGCGUCAUCGUCACCAGGCUGACCCGGCGUCCGCUGGGGCGCCAGAGGCAGAAGCGACGAGCGGUGAGGACCACCAUCGCAUUGGUGCUCUGCUUCUUUGUGUGUUGGCUGCCCUACGGAGCGGGCAUCUCUGUGGACGCUCUGCUCCUCCUGGAGGUCCUGCCACGCAGCUGCAGGCUGGAGGCUGUUCUCGGCGUAUGGUUGACAGUGGCUGAGCCCAUGGCCUUCGCACACUGCUGCCUGAACCCACUGCUUUACGCUUUCCUGGGGGCCGGUUUCAAGAGUUCAGCCCACCGAACCCUCACACUGAGCCGCGCGUCCACGUUGAAGACCACGAAGAAAACCCAACGGACGCCUUCUUUCCUGGCUAGACCCGAGAUUGUCGUUGGAGCUACUGUCAUCGCGCACUACUUUGGCCCCGACGACGGGGCGUGUUCACUUCUGGUGAAGACUGCAGAGGAUGCCACUCUCACAUUUAAGGCCGUCGUUGACGAAGGCAGAUUCAGCUGCACAGAGUACCUGGACUCGGAGUAUUUAGAAGUUGGAAAAGUAACCUUUGUGGCUAGACCAUUCCCUACCCUGGGAGAAUGGUGCAGGGGCAGGAUAUUAACCAUGGAGGAGGAGGACAACCUGAAGAUGGACAUCCCACCCGGUCUCCCGUGGUCGCGUGUCCCCCAAGGUAACAGAUCUGAGAACAUCACAUAG